AAAGUUUACAGAUGCUUCAGAGAAUAUAAAGCAGGAGAGAGACCUAAUGUGAACAGCUGAAAGACAUUAGGUGCUUGUGUACAACAUGAUCUGGAUCCUCAGCUUCCUUGCUUUGGCGUCUUCUACUCUGGGAUGUGGAGUGCGUCAAUCAAUGCGUUACCCAGCAGCUGAAAUUGCCAAAAGAUCUAUAAGUUUUGCUGAUGUUCAAAAAUCAAAGCCAAAAGAACAUGAAAGUGUUGUUGGGGGAAAUCCUGUAGAUAUCACCUACUUAUGGCCCUGGCAGGUCUCCAUUCAGACAUCAAAAGGUAAGCACUUUUGCGGUGGUUCCCUGAUCAAUGAAAACUGGAUCCUUACUGCUGCCCACUGUUCAGUUCAGCCUGGGAAUGACUAUGUGGUCCUUGGACAGCACGAUCUUGGUUCCAAUAAUGAAGCUAUUCAAGUCAAGAAAAUUACCAAGGUCAUCACCCACCCUGACUUCAACAAACAGGCCAAGUUCAAUCAUGAUAUUGCACUACUGAAAAUGUCCAGUCCAGUACAGAUGACGUCCCGUAUCUCUCCUAUAUGUCUUCCUAGUUCCUUAACCAGCAUCCGACCUGGGACUCUUUGUGUCAUCACCGGCUGGGGCGCAACUGAAUCCCUCCCAAAUCCUCGAAUUCUGCAGGAGGCCACUGUGCCAAUAGUGAGUCAAGCUCAGUGUAGGCAGUUCUGGGGUAGGAACAGUAUCACAGACGCCAUGAUCUGUGCUGGAGCCUCUGGAGCCUCGUCUUGCCAGGGUGAUUCUGGUGGUCCUCUGAUGUGUGAGAGUUCAGGUGUUUGGUACCAAGUGGGCAUUGUUUCCUGGGGCCAUGAAUCCUGCAGCACUGACCGUCCAGCUGCCUACACCCGUGUCUCUUACUUUCGCCAAUGGAUCAGCGAAAUCAUUAGAGUCAACUAGAGCACCAGCUUAAGUCUCAUAAUAUUGGUUUUUCUCUUGCCUGAAUAUUCAUACAUUAGUAAACAAAUGUGUCUUUAUAACACUGUAAAGCUACUGCUUUAAAUACUGGAAAUAAUUGAUAUUGUGACAACAUAAUUAUUAAAAGCACUUUAUAACAUAAAUAUCUACAAUGUAUCUGUUUUCAUUCGAAUUACAUUUUGAUGAUACUGAGCCUAUGUAUGCAUACAUAAUUAUGGCUGAAUAAUAAUUAAAUAAAGCAAUGAGGGUCUUCCUACUA